AUGCCGCAAAUCAUGACGGAGGCGUUCGCGAGAGGACUGCUAGACAAGAUAAUGAUACAAGUUCUGGACGUUGUAGAUCGCGACGCGGAGGAUGGAAAAUCCUGGGAACAGCACGUCAAUGAGGAAACAGGCGAUGCUCGGUCGGAACAUAUGCACGGUAGAUCGCGCGCAAACGAACGUCCGCACAUAAAUUAUAGCAAGACCGAAGAGAUAGAAUUGAUCGCGAAGAUAGUCCGCGAUUUGCGCGACAUACGGAUCGGGGAUUCGCGUUAUGUACUUCCGCCUUCAUUGUUAACGUUGGAGAAACAGGUGAAAUACGACGAUGCGCCGCUCGCGAGUCCAACGACCGACGUUGCCGAAACUCAACACACGACCCGAGGUCAAGGUGAUACGCACCAGAUCGUGCACGCGACCGUCUUGGAGUCACCGAUUGAGCUGACGGAGUCGGUGAAGACAAUUCGGAAGAAGAAAGAAGGCGAAGCGGCCAACGAGGCGACCAGUGUGUCCGUCGGUCUGUUACAGCAGCUGAUCGGAGAUCUGGAGGACAAGACGGCCUCGGUCUGCUGCGAGGACGACGCUCCCUUAGACUCGAUUAGCGAGGAACACAUUGCUGUUUGCGAGGAGAAGGAAGAGCAAUUUAUUAGGACUAUCGAGGUUAAUGCUGGCGACACACACGAUAUCGCAACGGGGACUCUUCGAAGUAGCGAGUCGGUCGGCCGCUUCCGCGUCACCGAACUCAAGCACGACGAGAAACUGAGGUCUCGCUCAAGUCAACACGUGGCGUCCACCUCGAGGGAGGUCGGCCUCGAGGAGGAGGAGGUUCAGAUUGAGAAGCGCGGGUCGAACUCGUUAUCGUCAUUGAAACCAUCGCGCGACGACAGCGUCGCGACCGUGGACCAGAUUCUGCCCGUCAACGACGCGGAGAAGCGAAAAACGUCUAACGAGGCGACAACGAAGAAGAAGAAGAGAGGCUUGGGUAGCCGAUUGAGGAAACUCCUCCGCGCCGCCUUCGGUCGCCGGAAGAAUUGACGCCGAGUUGCGGAAGAAGCGCUGCCUCGCGAUCUACGUCAAGCGACGACGAUUUCCGUCCGUUCGCUCACACAGCAGCUUUUCAGUCGCGUAUUUUUCAGAGGGGAAACAAGUCCACGAAUGUACAGCGAGUAAAAAUAACUGACCGCCGCGCGCACUCAUCGGCCCGCGGGUCACCGCAACUUUCACGCACUUUCGGUGCGACGCGUGAAUCAGACUUCUCUUUACAUUCCUAGAUGGUAACCGCAAGCGUUGUACGCGAACCCGCAAAAUUCUGUAAAAUAUAUAACGUCUGAUGACUUCACACGACACGUCUCACGUUCUUGAUCGUGGUAACCUAAAGCCUCCGCUACAAUGAUUCUCGGUUCUGUC